AUAGCAAAGAAAGUAGGUACCCUUUUUGGCUAAGAUGGAGUCGCACUUCAAACGAACACUUAAAAGAAGCCGAGAAGAAACUAAUAUCACGGUUGUGCAUUUGAUCUUAGCAGAUCCUUGGGGUUUUGUUGAAGACCCCCUAAAAGCCAAAGAACAUUCAACUGUUAGCGCAGCACAAGCAUGGAUGUUUUCAACCAUACGGCAUAUAUUCCGCCCAUUUAACCCUCUGUCCUUCCUUCGGGCUGCCGGACCCUUUGGUCCCACUUUAAUUCACCAUUUCCGUCAAGACCUUAGAGGAUUUUUUGACCAGAGACCAAUACGAGAUGGAGAGAUAUUGGAGAUACCUCCAGAGGAACAACUUGAAUCUACGGGAAACAUCUCAUUUGAUGAUCAAAUUCAAUCGACUGACGGUGAAGAUAGUGGUACAUUUGAGGCGUCUUCCAUUGAGGACAAGACGUUGAAGACUAAUGGUACUAAUAAAAGUACUUCUGGUUCAGUGGGUUCCCUAGGCUUUGAUGAUCUAGAUGGCUCUGUGGCACUGGAUUAUGUAUACCACAUUAACUGUCAACAUCCAAGUGGAGAAGCGGGAUUCAAAUCAUUGUGCAGUUCCGUUGGAUGGCCUCAACGUCCCAUGUUAGAGAGAAUUGCUCAACUCGAUGCUUCACUUCCUGUCACUUUCAUUUAUGGUUCCCGAUCAUGGAUGGAUAUGUCAUCUGGACAUAAAACUCGUGCUCUUCGGCCUAACUCCUAUGUGGAUGUAAAAGUGAUUGAAGGCGCUGGACAUCAAGUCUAUGCACAAACGUCAGAAGAAUUCAAUGCUUAUGUCAAUAAAAUUGGACUACGUGUUGACAAUAAUGAUCCAUUCACUCCAGGUGACUAUCGUCCACAUGUUGUAAAUAACAAGCUGAUGAACAAUCAUAAUGGGAACACAGAUUCUCCAUCUGAUAAUAAAGGACAUAAUGGUCGAAAUCGUCGUAAACGAUCAUCUGUCGCACUCGGGACUCAAGACACAUCAUUACACCUAUAUGGGCGUUUAGCUCAGAACGGUAAGCCAGCUGCUAAAAAUGUAGAGAAAGGAGGAGAGGCAAGCGAUGAAGCCUCUGAUUGAUUGAUUGAUUGAUUAAACGCACAACCACCGGUUCUGAUUUCAUCGAAUCUUCAGAUUUAUUCACACACACACAAACAUACAGUACACUGCUUUCUCUUCUGGCCUGUUACUUUUCUAACUUACUGAAAAGAGUAAACACACAGAAUUUCUUAAAGUGGCUUUACGCUUCUUUCUUUUACCUUGAUGAUAACCAAACAACGAGCCUGAUUGAUUAACUUAGUAGUGUGUACGUAGUCUUUCCUCAAUGCUUACAUAAGAAGCACACAUGCAAUAUAUAUAUAUAUAUAUAUAUGUACAACGUUCGAUUUAUGUACUUUUUUGCCGAGGGGGGUGGGUGAUUCUACUCCUAUGUUUGCGCUCUGUGUUUAAUUUAUAAUUUUUUUUUCUAACAUUAACUUUUAUUUACUCAGUAAUACCUUGAAAAUAAUUUUAUCGUUGCUGUGUUUCUUUUAUUUUAUUUUUUUUAAUAAAAACAUUCGCGGUUAUUUCAAGCUGGCUUUCAGUAGUUUACACACAAAAUCAUACAGAUUAUAUUAUUAUUAUCAUUAUUAUCUAUCUCUAUUUAAGGAAAGAUUUAAUAAUAAUAUUUCGGUUAAUUUUCUAAAAUUUAUGCGAUUUACUGUGUGUAGUAGAUGCGCGCUUAUGAAAAAGGGAAACAGCGACAGUUGAUUAGUGAAACACAAUUAAAUUCUCUCUCUGUCACCAUGUAAACUGUUAUUCUCCUCUCCUUCUAUUUUGUUUUCUAUUUUGUAAUUUUUUCUCAGAGAAACAAGCACAUACCGACGUUGUCUUUCCAGGCUAUAUAUAUAUAUAUUUUUUUUCCAGAUGCCUUUUGAAACAUGAUCUUUUGGUCACUGUUUUCCAAAAAAAUUCAAUAUUGAAUUCAAUAUAAUAUAUACACAUAUGUGGACCAAUGAAACCCUCUCCGACUCCCCCCAGCACCCACUCUCCCCAGGUAUGGGAGAUAUUGACUUCCAGUUUCUAAUUUUUUUUUGUUAAAAAAAAUUUCACUUCACAAUACCCUCUCAUUAUUCGAUUUCUUUAUUAUGAUUAUUAUUACUAUUAUUAUUAUUAUGAUUGCUAUUCGAUUAUUUUUUUUCUAAAAUUUAUUCUACAGUUCAUAUGAUUGUACACUUGGUUUCUUUUAGUUUUUCUGUGAAUUCAGACUAGUAAAUAUAUAUUCAGCUUUGAAUACAUAUAUAUACCCUCAGUGAUAUAAAUUGUUUGUCAAUAUGAAAUUGUUAGCUUGCUUUGGAAUAUAUAUUACCUGAAGUG